GGACGCGUCCUUGGCUUAGGCCCGGUUUCCCGCGGCGCGUGUGGGACCUGGCUGGCUGGAAGGCGCCCCUGACCUUGGUCUCUCCCCGGUGCCAGGUCUGCCUUAGGACCAUGGGCGCCUCGCUGGGCACCGGCGUACGGUUGGCCCUCCUGUCGGGCCGGGCCUGUGGCACCCUCCCGAGCUGGGCGACCUCCGCGCCCACCCGAGGCUGCCAUUCCAAGGCUGGCCCGGUGCGCCCGGUGCCCCUGAAGAAGCGCGGAUACGAUGUCACCAGGAACCCGCAUCUCAACAAGGGGAUGGCCUUUACCCUGGAAGAAAGGAUACAGCUUGGAAUCCACGGCCUGAUUCCUCCCUGCUUCCUGAGCCAGGAUGUCCAGCUCCUCCGGAUCAUGAGAUCCUACGAGCGGCAGCAGAGUGACCUGGACAAGUACAUCAUUCUCAUGACACUCCAAGACCGGAAUGAGAAGCUCUUCUACCGAGUGUUGACCUCAGACGUGGAGAAGUUCAUGCCAAUCGUCUACACGCCCACCGUGGGGCUGGCCUGUCAGCAGUAUGGCCUGGCCUUCCGCAGGCCCCGUGGGCUGUUUAUCACCAUUCAUGACAAGGGCCACAUUGCAACAAUGCUGAACUCUUGGCCAGAGGACAAUAUUAAGGCUGUGGUGGUGACUGACGGAGAACGCAUACUGGGCUUGGGAGACCUGGGCUGCUACGGUAUGGGCAUCCCCGUGGGAAAGCUGGCCCUUUACACCGCGUGUGGGGGGGUGAACCCGCAGCAGUGCCUCCCUGUCCUGCUGGACGUCGGCACCAACAACAAGGAGCUGCUCAGAGACCCUCUGUACAUUGGCCUGAAACACCAGCGCGUGCGUGGGAAGGAUUACGAUGAACUGCUGGAUGAGUUCAUGAAGGCUGUAACAGACAAGUUUGGAAUAAAUUGCCUCAUCCAGUUUGAAGACUUCGCCAAUGCCAACGCUUUCCGCCUGCUCAACAAAUACCGCAACAAGUACUGCAUGUUCAAUGAUGAUAUCCAAGGCACAGCCUCUGUCGCUGUGGCAGGGAUCCUCGCUGCUCUGCGAAUCACCAAGAACAAGCUCUCCAAUCAUGUGUUUGUUUUCCAAGGUGCAGGUGAGGAAAGGAGUCACCUGAACCAUGAGAAAGAGAUAUUUGCCCAGGACCAUCCUGAAGUGAAGUCCCUGGAGGAGGUGGUGAGGCUGGUGAAGCCCACAGCCAUCAUAGGUGUUGCCGCCAUUGCAGGAGCCUUCACGGAGCAGAUUCUGAGGGACAUGGCCUCCUACCACGAGCGCCCUAUCAUCUUUGCACUGAGCAACCCCACCAGCAAGGCCGAGUGCACAGCUGAGAAGUGCUAUCAGGUCACCGAGGGCCGAGGUAUCUUUGCCAGUGGAAGUCCUUUUAAGAGUGUGACACUGGAAGACGGCAGGACCUUCAUUCCUGGGCAGGGAAACAACGCCUAUGUGUUCCCUGGAGUGGCACUGGGAGUCAUCGCCGGCAGGAUCCGGCACAUCCCGGAUGAGAUCUUCCUCCUGACAGCAGAGCAAAUUGCCCAGGAGGUCUCUGAGCAGCAUCUGUCCCAGGGGAGACUGUACCCGCCACUCAGCACUAUCCGAGAUGUGUCUCUGAGAAUCGCCAUCAAAGUCCUCGACUACGCGUACAAACACAACCUGGCCUCCUACUACCCAGAGCCCAAGGACAAGGAGGCUUUUGUAAGAUCCCUGGUCUACACUCCAGACUAUGACUCAUUUACAGUGGACAGCUACACUUGGCCCAAGGAGGCCAUGAAUGUUCAGACGGUUUGAUGCGAUUUCAGUGGCUGGUGUGGGGCUAGAUGAAGCCCUAAGUAGCACCAACAAUAUAAAUCGGUUCCAAAAUGGCCAUCUUUGUCACUGUGUUUUUUCUUUUGAACUUUCUGGUGUGAGAGGAGAUGCCCAGGCAUGUGGUGAAUGAGAGCCUUGUCUCUGAAGACCCUUGGAGUUUACAUUUCUCUAACCCUCCUCUGAGUUCCUUCCUAAGCAUUUCUUCAUUCAUUGAUUGCCAACUAUGGGCUUAGGCCUGUGGGAAAUACAGAAUAUUGCCUAGAAUCCUGCCUUUACAGAGCUCAGGGUCUAGUGGAAGAGAUGAGAUACACAAUUCAUUUCGUUGUAAGGGAAAAAGUGGUAAGUCCAUGAAACAAGUGCAGAUAAAGAUCAAGGAUACUCAGAGGAGGGAGAGUAUACUUCCUAUAAGGGCAUAAGAGAAGGCUUUAGGGGGAGCAGUGAGUCUCAAGAAUGAAGGAUGGGUAGGAGUCACAGGAAGAUGGGGAGCAUGAGGACAGCCACUAGCCAAAAGCACAGCCCACUUACGGAGCUCUGUCCCUGCUGGAGGAAUAUACACCCUUCAAGGCUUAGCAGGAUUGGAGGGCUGAAUGACUGGAGGCAGCUCACUAACUAGUCAGAAAUGGUCACUUCUCUAUGGGUUGUGAAGUAUUAGGCAUUUCUUUUUGGUUAUUGCUAAAAGGAAAUCCAGAGAUAUGUGGG